UGGGUUUGCCAAGUGAGCUAAGUGAGAGACAGAGGGAGAAAGAGAGACAGAGGGAGACCUGCUGAAAGAACCAUGUCAAGAAAUCACCCAGAUAAUGUCAGGGAACAUACAACUAUCACCACUGAACACAAACCAGGAUUUCUGGAGCGACUGAGUGAUACUGCAGGGGGAAUGAUUCUGGGACUGCUUGCCUUUUCAUUAUCUUUCUAUGUUCUGUUUACAAAUGAGGGUCGUGCAGUACGAACAGCGGCAUCAUUGGAUGAGGGGCUUUCCAUUGUGAAUUCUUUACACAAUAUUCACAUGAUAGACCCAGUACAUGAAGGCAGUUUGGUGCAUUUAUCGGGGCCACUAGCGACUCUGAAGCCUCUUUAUGAUCCCAAUUACGGAGUCAAUAUCCACUGUGUGAAAUUGAAGCGACAGGUAGAGAUGUACCAAUGGGUAGAGUAUGAAGAGUCCAAAGAAUAUGAAGAAAAUGGAGAAACCAAAAGGGAGACCAGAUACACGUACAACACUGAAUGGAAAUCUGAAGUUGUGAGCAGCCGGAACUUUGAUCGAGAGAUUACCCAUCUCAAUCCCAGUGCGAUGGCUGUGGAGUCCUUCACUGCUGUUGCUUCAGAGGUGAAUGUCGGGGCCUUUUUUUUGGGUACAGGCCUCAUUGACCAGAUUAACAACUUCAAGCAAAUGAGCCUGGCACAGAUGGGUAAUCCUCAUGCAGACGUCACUGCUCAAGGGGACUAUUUCUACCAAAGUGCCAACCCCAAAAAUCCAGAGGUAGGAGACCUCCGCAUCUCGUUUUGGUAUGCUGGCGUUUCUUUGGGUGACACCCAGUCUGGACCCGUGGACUCGGUGAGUGUCAUUGCUCGGCAGAAAGGAGGAGUACUGAUCCCAUAUAAAACCAAAUCUGGAGACGUUCUAGAGCUGCUAUAUCUGGGGACACUCAAUGCAGAGGAAAUUUUUAAUGCUGAACACCAGAGUAAUAAUUUAAAAACCUGGGCACUGCGGGGUGCUGGCUGGCUACUUAUGUUUAUUGGAAUAAGUUUAAUCACCAAGAUCGUCUAUACAUUGGUGGACUGGUUUCCUGUCCUGCGGGACUUGGUCAGCCUUGGACUGAAGAUCUUUGCCUUGUGUGUGUCCACCUCACUUUCUCUCCUGACCAUCGCCCUGGGUUGGUUCUUUUAUCGCCCAUUGGUAUCCCUGCUCCUGGGAGCUAUCAGUGUUGGUAUUAUUGUACUGGCCAAAUCACGCGUUCCUGCAAAGAAGUACCAGUAGGGUUAUUUUCUGGUGACAUUUACCACUGGGAAGAAAAAAAUCAGAUUUAGGAUUGUUAACAUGAAUUAUUCUGGGCCAUGUGUAAUAGACAUCUGUUCUUCCAAUGUUGGUGAGUGACUAAAGCGGUGAGGGCUGUGAGAUAAUGCUUGCGUGGCUUCUAUUACCAUUAUUUAAAUUUUUCAGGUACUUAAAUAAUACACUUUGGAAUAAUAAUAA